UGCCGCCGCCGCCAGCAUCUGGGACCGGCCGAUUUCUGCACCUCCGUCCGGCGCUGCCCUUUGAUUCGGAUUUCCAUCUUGCAUUCUCCGGAGGACCGCGGGACCUGGCUCGUGCAGAGGAGGGGGGCCGAUCGCUAUGGAGUAUUUCAUGGUGCCCACUCAGAAGGUGCCCUCUUUGCAACAUUUCAGGAAAACAGAGAAAGAAGUGAUAGGAGGGCUCUGUAGCCUUGCCAACAUUCCACUGACCCCGGAGACCCAGCGAGACCAAGAGCGGCGGAUUCGGCGGGAGAUCGCCAAUAGCAACGAGCGGAGGCGUAUGCAGAGCAUCAACGCGGGUUUCCAGUCCCUGAAGACCCUCAUUCCCCACACAGAUGGAGAAAAGCUCAGCAAGGCAGCCAUUCUCCAGCAGACGGCGGAGUACAUAUUCUCUCUGGAGCAGGAGAAGACCAGGCUUCUGCAGCAGAACACACAGCUCAAGCGCUUCAUCCAGGAGCUGAGUGGCUCAUCCCCUAAGCGGCGGCGGGCCGAGGACAAGGAUGAGGGCAUUGGCUCCCCUGACAUCUGGGAGGAUGAGAAGGCGGAGGACCUGCGGCGAGAGAUGAUAGAGCUGAGGCAGCAGCUGGACAAGGAGCGGUCUGUGCGGAUGAUGCUGGAGGAACAGGUGCGCUCGCUUGAGGCCCACAUGUACCCUGAAAAGCUCAAGGUAAUCGCGCAGCAGGUGCAGCUGCAGCAGCAGCAGGAGCAGGUGCGGCUGCUGCACCAGGAGAAGUUGGAGCGCGAACAGCAGCACCUGCGGACCCAGCUCCUGCCCCCUCCAGCCCCCACCCACCAUCCCACAGUGAUCGUGCCUGCGCCUGCCCCGCCUCCUUCCCAUCACAUCAACGUCGUCACCAUGGGUCCUUCCUCAGUCAUCAAUUCUGUUUCUACAUCCCGGCAAAAUCUGGACACCAUUGUGCAGGCCAUCCAGCACAUCGAAGGCACCCAGGACAAACAGGAGCUGGAGGAGGAGCAGCGCCGGGCAGUCAUCGUGAAGCCCAUCCGCAGCUGUCUGGACGCCCACACUUCUGAUACGGCCUCUGACUCCGAGGCCUCAGACAGUGACGCCAUGGACCAGAGCCGGGAGGAGCCUUCGGGUGACGGGGAGCUUCCCUGACCACCCCCCCAGCCCUCCUCUCCCUUCUGGGGAGUGGAGGGGCCCGGGGCAGCAACAGGGAAAAAUGCGAGCGAAUGAGUGAGAAAUUUUUACAAAAUUAUGAUGUCAUUUGGGUCUCUUUUGUGACCUCUUUUUUCAAUACUGUAAAUUGAUCUUUGAAAGAAGCCAUCCAAGCCCAGGUCCCGGGACUGGGGUGGCACUGUGUACGUGGGAGCAUCGGGACUCCAGGGCUGGGCCUCGGCCCCUGGGGCUGGGGAAGUCGACACUGAGGUGCCUGGCCUCUCUUCGCCAAAAAGCAUAUAUAUAUUUUUUUUCAUUUAAACUUUUUUUUUUUUUUUUUAAACAGGGAAAAUCAAAUAAAACCCCGGUAUCUCCUCCUUCCCCAGAGCCAGCCUUAGGACUGUCAGUCAGUGUUCAACCCCUUCCCUCCUGUUUGGUUUUCUUCUUUCUCCUUUAAGCACUUACAUGGGUUGGGGGUCAGACGGGUUGGGGCUUUCUGGGGACUUGGGGGACUACAUUGCUUCUCGGUUGGGGUUUGCUGCUGCCCUUCUCCCCUCUUCCCCUCCCCAUCUCAACACCAGAACUCACCACUCUCCACCCAGCCCCCUCCAGGGUUCCCAUCAUUGACCCCAAAAAUGUCUUUGUCUUUCUUUUUGUUUUGUUUAUUGUUGGUUUUAUUUUGGUAUUGGUUUCUGUUUUUUUUUUUUUACCAUUUUGAAGUCUUUGUGUCCAAGGAGAAGCUAUUAUAUUUUGUUAAAAAAGUUGGGGGAAAAAAAAACCAAGAGGCCACUGUGCCUUUGUAAAGAAACAAAAUAAAGUUUGUACUUUGUUUUUUACA